UAAGGUCGGCGCCAUGAGGCUGAGCUGGGCCCGGGCGCUUCCAUUGAGGCUGUGGGGGGGCUGCGGAGGCCCGAAGAUGCGGGGGGUGACCGGGAUAGAGUGGGCUGCUCGCCCCAUGUGCCGCAGCAGCAGUGAUGCCCCAGAGCCACCAUCCGAUCAUGGCUCUCAGAACAUACCACGGGAUGAGGAGCAGGGAGGCCCUGCAGCCUUUGCAGCAGCAUUAGAAGAGCUGGAACGGGCACCAGGCCGGCGGCUGGGACGCCUGGAGCUGGUGGCAGCAGCACUGGCAGCAAUGCCAGCACUGGGGGUGGCCAGGCAGCUGGAUGCUUACAACCGGCUGCUGCGUUUGCUGCCCCGUGGGCCCUGGGUGCCACGGGGGCCCCUGCAUCGUCUCUUUGCUCCUUUUCCACGGCAGCAGGAGUGUGGCUUGCAGGUUCUGGAACAGAUGGAGAGAUACGGUGUGAUGCCGGAUGCGGAGACACGGUUCUUGCUGCUGGCCGUCUUUGGGCCCCGCAGUCGUCCUGUGCGUAAGUGUCAGCGGAUGUUGUACUGGCUGCCACGGAUGCUCCAUGCCAAUCCCUACCCACUGCCUGCUCAGUUGCCCCCUCCUGGAUUGGCUGCUGCCUGCCUGGGGCUGCGCCGCAUUGCCAACGACCCCGAUGCCCGGCUGAGUGUCUAUCAGCAGCCCCAGCCAGAGCAGGGGGACAACGAGGGCUCUACACAGCCGUACAUCGUCGGCAUCCAGAGUGCAGAACAGCAGGAGCUACUGGCCCGGCAUGGCCCAGAACACCCUGUCUUUGUGGAGGGACCGUUCCCACUGUGGCUGCGCAGCACCCGCCUGUUCUACUACGUGCUGAGGGGGGACCCUCUCCCCCCUCAUUUGCGGGAACCUCCCCCUGAUCCUGAGCGCAGCCUUUACUAUCCCCUGUACCUUGACCUGGACCUGGAGCGUGGCCCAUGGGAUGAUGAUGAGUUCGAUGUGAAUGAGGUGGAGGAGGGCCCUGUCUUUGCGCUGUGCAUGGCAGGGACUGGUGACCAGCGCACCUUGGCCAAGUGGAUCGCGGGGCUGCAGCAGACUAACCCUGUCCUUGGCCAAACACCAGUGAUCUUCCGCCUGGGGGAUGGGGAUUCCUCUGCUGGAUCCCCAGGAGACGGAGAUGCAUUGCAUCUGGAGGGGUCAAGGGCAGCGGAGUUGGAGCCCCCCGAGGUGGCAUGGGGCCGCCGAGCACAGGGAGAGGGAUGAGGGGCCUGAGAGGGUUGUGGGGGGAUGGGUCCAGUUUGGGUGCCUCCUCCCUGGGUUGUGGGUCAAUAAAUGGAGGUGGUGUGGACGGAGA